GUCGAUAAUGUUCAUUGGACGCCACCCAGAGGAUAACCGACUUCAAUUUACAAACAAGCCACGAGGCAAAUCUAGCUACCAAAGCCACCGUUUCAGACAUACUGCGAAGGGUCUAGGGAUCUGCCUGGGAUGCAGAGGGAGCCUGCAAAUAGGGACGGGAUCGGCGUCGUUGGAGGAGAGGGCUGGCUGAACUACAGGACUCGCUGUGCAGGAGGUUUCGUAGUUUCGUGAGGCUGAGAUCAUUUUGAUGGAGGCCAAAGGAAGCGCCAGAUAUAAAUACCGCGCACUGUCUCCGGGUUGGAUUCAAGCGGCAUAAUUAGCAAUACUACCUGCGUCAAAUCGAAAUAGCUGUGCAUUCCAUCUCAUUGCGUCGCAAAAUGAAGCUCUCUACCCUUCUCGUCACUCUGCUGCCACUCGCGGCAGCCUCUCCAAGCCCCGCCGCAAGACCGCUCGCGGCCCGCCAAAUCACCGACCCCGAGCGUCUCGCCCAGCUGCAGGCACACCACGCCGACACCCUGGCCCUACUCAACUCGGCCGCCGCCAUCCCCGUGACUCCCUCCACCUACCGAAACCUAACCGAAAACACCCCCUCGCACGAGAGACGUCUGUUCCACGUCUUCGGCCUUCUUGGGGUCUAUGUCGCCUCGCGGGUUGGCGCUGGGGCUCUCCAGCAAGUUCUUGGCGAGCUCCUCGAAGUCUUUCUCGGGGACGAUAUCAUCUGGCAUAACAAGGAGUACUGCCGCGCCUAUUUCAGCACACAUGGUGGAGGGAAUGAAGAAUUUCGGACGUAUGCGAGGGAUCAUGGGGAUCGGACGUCGCAGGUGAACAUCAACUCCGGCUGGAACGAUCCCGAGAACACGACCCCCCCAGUCCACUUCUUCGAGGGAGCCAACGGCGACCCCGCGAUCGGUGCGUACAGCGUCCAGUACACGGCCACGGACAGGGUGGCGUGGGGCGGGAUCGAGGGGACGGAAACAUGCCACAUUGAGGGACUGUGCAACCCCCAGUAUAUCUUCUACCACAAGGACUAUGAUAUUGUUCUGAACACAUGGCAAUCCCAGGGCGAGGUCUCGGCCUGCCAGUAUUCCCAGGGCGAGGACUGCAAGGGAAUGUGCUCCUCGGGCGUGAAAAAUCAGUUCUGGAGUGGUGGUGUGCUCUGGGGUGGUGACUGCGCGAUUCCGUGUAUCGAGGAUGGUGGGGAGGGUUACGAGGUGAUCGAACACGAGUGAGGAACUCGUUAUUGCCCAGCGUUCUGCGUAUCUUCCAAGUCCGCUGUGCUUCUGGGGUCACACAUUCAUUUUUUUUCUCUGGCUUGUAUAUCUCCUUCUUCCCGCCUGCUACUUUCUUCACACAUCUAUAUCUAGUUCCACUGUACAAUAAAUUCUGAGACGUUUGCG